AUGAUGUCAGGUAAGCCUCUUUUGCCAUCUCUAGCCGUGUUAUUGAAUAACAAUAUGCUUCAUUCUGAGCCUUGUUCACCUCUAUUGGAGAAUUUGAAGCCCAGGUUCUAUAAUGAUGAUCAAGGUGCCAUUAGACUUCCUCCUCUCGGUUUCAACGGUAUUACUCGUCCCAAAUCAGUGGAUAGUGCAUUGAGACAUGUACCGAUAACAAACAGCACCGGAUCAUAUACUCCCGCAAGACAACCACAACUUAGAACUCAAUCAUUUACAGAAGCAGAACCUGCUACUCCUUCAACGCCGGUCGUUAAGAAAAAGAGUACCAAUCAAUCGGCUAGGAAGAAUGAUAUGUUAACUCCCUUAUCUGCCGCCAGAGCUGUGAUCACACCUUCUGCUAAUGAUAAGAAGAGAGCAUUUGCAUUCAUAACACAUUCUCAGGAAACCUUCCCAACAAAGGAGCCUAAAAUCGAUAAUGCACCGCUAGCACGUCGUAAAAGGAGAAGAACUUCAACACAGGAACUAAAUAUACUUCAGGCCGAGUUCAAUGCUUGUCCCGCUCCCGACAAACGUAAGAGACAGGAAUUGGCUGAACGUUGUAACAUGUCUGAGAAAGCUGUUCAAAUUUGGUUCCAAAAUAAAAGGCAGGCAUCCAAGAGACAAAACAAUUCUGCUCAAAGAGCUGUCCAAUCAACACCAGUGGCACAAAUACCCACCGAACCCGCUGUCACUACACCGGAAGCCACAAGUGGUGAAACAACCCCUCCAAGAACUUCUAAGAGAGGCCAGGCACUCACAUUCCACCUUACAUCAGACAAGAAAGUCUUAACACCCAUCAAGACUUCACCCAAUAGCAGAGUAAAUAAGCUGAUCAACGGCGAUGGCUCCGGUAGCCCCCGUAGUAAACCACGCUCGGCGGCUAACUCCAUUAACACAUCUGGAUCUCCAACUAAGAGAAUCCCACUUCAGGAGUUGAACAAUAACACUUUAGUUCACUAA